AGAAGGUCUGGACCGUGUUGGUGAAAACAAAAAAUCAUGUUCUCAACUCAAGCCGUUUUUUGGGUGCAACUCUGCAUGAGCCCCCUCCAGCUCAUAUACGCAGCCGUUCGGACCUUGAUAGAUGUUAUCUGUUCCCAGGUACACGGUGCAUCAAAACUGAGAUCUACAAGAAAAGGAAAUUCUGCCACAGACAAAUUGAUGCAAAAAAAGUUAACGCAACCAGCAACUACUCCAAGCAGUGUGAAUUAUCAUUUUACUCGACAAUGCAAUUAUAAGUGCGGUUUUUGUUUUCACACCGCAAAAACGUCUUUUGUCCUACCCAUUGAAGAAGCAAAGAGAGGUCUAAAGCUUCUGAAGCAAUCGGGAAUGGAAAAAAUUAACUUCUCAGGUGGAGAGCCAUUCAUACACAAGAGUGGUGAAUUCUUAGGUAAAUUAGUACAGUACUGCAAAGAAGACCUCCAACUGCCAAGUGUCAGUAUUGUAAGCAAUGGCAGCAUGGUCAGAGAGAAGUGGUUCAAGAAAUAUGGCGAAUACCUGGACAUUCUGGCCAUUUCCUGUGACAGCUUUGACGAAGACACCAACCAGACCAUAGGCAGAGCUCAAGGUACCAAGAGCCACCUGGACAACCUCUCCAAGGUCCGGGAGUGGUGCCGGGAGUACAAAGUGGCAUUUAAAAUCAACUCUGUGAUUAACACCUUUAAUGUGGAGGAGGACAUGAGAGACAGAAUCACAGAGCUCAAUCCAGUACGCUGGAAGGUGUUUCAGUGUCUGUUGAUCGAUGGAGAGAAUGCAGGGGAAGAUAGUCUGCGGGAGGCAGAGAGGUUUGUCAUCAGUGAGGAGCAGUUUCAGGAAUUUCUGGAAAGGCACAGCAGCAUCAGCUGCCUGGUACCAGAAUCCAAUCAGAAGAUGAGAGAUUCCUACCUCAUCCUAGAUGAAUACAUGCGUUUUCUGGAUUGCCGUCAGGGGAGAAAGGAUCCUUCCAAGUCCAUUCUUGAUGUAGGUGUGCAGGAGGCUAUUCAGUUCAGUGGCUUUGACGAGAAGAUGUUCCUGAAGAGAGGAGGGAAAUAUGUGUGGAGUAAGGCUGACAUGCGACUCGAGUGGUGAUCUACUCAGUAUUAUCAGUUGUAUGUAAUUGUACAGAUAUCUAUAUUUUCCUAUGACAUUUAUUGAUGCCGGUAAAACUUCAGGUUUACUUAAAUGUUUAUUUUUUUUAAUAGAUUGUACUUUUUAACAUAUUUUGUUCUGGCCAAUUUGCACUUUAAUUUAAAUGUUUAGACAGCAUUAAUAAAGUUUUUACUAUUUUAUGUGUGUUACAUCGACUCUGUUACAUGUGUUAAAUCUAUCUUAAGUC